AUGGAUACUGGCGUUCCAAUUUUUUGUUGUUGCCGACGAAACGCAUAUAAAUAUAACAACUACACAAUGAUCGGCCACGUACAUCGAUUUCUUCAUCGUCGAAUCGGCGCUGCCGCCGGCGAGACUCUCGCCGCCUCAAGUUCACAGUGCUUGUCUGGUCGUCACUGUACCAAUCGAAACCCGUUCAGAACUAUGUUUCAUGGUGUAUCUGUUCACACUGUUGCUACGAAAGAUUCCCCUAAUACUCCAUAUGAGGCAGCAAUUCUUCUUUUAAACUCCCUACAAUCAAAUGCGGCUAACCUACAGAAGAUAAGGGAGAAACGUGGUUUACUUCAGGAGACUAACAUUCCCGACAUGAUCUCAAAGCUUAAUAUGUGCGGAAUUGAACUUGAUACCUUGGAUAGCCUGAAUGUGAUUCAUAUCAGUGGAACUAAAGGGAAAGGAUCGACAUGUGCUUUUGUAGAAUCCAUUCUAAGAAAAGCAGGACUCAGGACUGGAAUGUACACAUCCCCUCAUUUGGUGCAUGUACGUGAGAGGAUUCGUAUUAAUGGGAAAGCGAUUGGGGAACUGCUUUUUGCAAAAUAUUUUUUCGAUGUAUACAACAAACUUAAGCAAGAGGUUGAGGGCGAUAUGCCGCCAUAUUUCAAGUUCCUGACUCUUCUUUCUUUUCACGUUUUCCUUGAAGAAUGUGUGGAUGUUGCUAUAGUAGAAGUUGGAAUUGGCGGAGAAUAUGACGCAACGAAUGUUGUGGUGCAUCCUGUUGUAUGCGGAAUCUCGACAUUAGACAUUGAUCACACUUCUCUUCUUGGUGCCACUUUACCAGAGAUAGCGUGGCAUAAAGCUGGUAUUCUAAAAAAGUCCUGUCCAGCUGUUGUUAGCCCUUUAUGUCAAGAUGCUGUCAACGUAGUGCUUGACAGAGCUUCGGAGCGCGAAACCUCAGUCAAAAAUGCGCCGCCUUAUCAAUCUUAUUCCUUCGCUACCGAGUGUGUAUCUACAGGGAUAGCAGGUGAUCAUCAAAAAGUCAACAUUUCACUCGCAUUACAACUCGCGAGAACAUGGCUCAAGCAAACGGGAAGAGAAGCUGUACUCUUUCCCGAUGCAAAUAAAAUUGAUUGGAAGAUCGGAGAGCCUUUCUUAGUGUCAGGCCCUGUUGUUGAAGCAAUUGAGUCAUGCCGCUGGAGAGGACGAAGUCAGAUAGUAGAUGUGGAACGUACUCGUUACUAUUUAGAUGGUGCUCAUACACCGAAAAGUAUGAAGGCCUGCUCGAAUUGGUUUGGUCAAGCAGCGGUGAAAAAUUCUCGGAAAAAACGUGUGCUUGUAUUUCAUUGUACUGGAGAUAGAAAUCCAUCUACUCUUCUUCCCGUCUUAUCCAAGCAUGGUUUCGAUUUUGCUUUGUUCUGUCCAACUGCUUUGACGGUGUUUCCGGACAUUAAGUCUGAUCUCACGAAUUUUAAUCAGUCUGCUGUAGAUCAAAGAAAACGAAGUCAGCAAUGUGCCUCCAUUUGGAAGGAUAUUGCCACAGGGGAAGUUUUGGUGUUUGACUGCAUAACUUCUACCGUGAAGUGGAUUGAAAGCCUUUCUAGGAAAGAAUAUUUGGAUGUAUUGGUUACAGGAAGUUUACAUUUGGUAGGAGGUGUUUUAUCCAUUAUCGAGCCGAACGCUGACUAG